AUGUCUAUCAUGGGGCAUAAAAUCAAGAUCAUGCCAUACUCAACUUUUCGCUUAAAUUUGUCUGUCACUUCCCCGUACAAUGCGGAUUUUGAUGGAGAUGAAAUGAACAUGCAUGUACCUCAGUCUUUUGAAACCAGAGCAGAAGUUCUGGAGUUGAUGAUGGUACCUAAAUGCAUCGUGUCUCCUCAAUCAAAUAGACCAGUCAUGGGUAUUGUGCAAGAUACCCUUUUAGGUUGCCGUAAGAUCACUAAGAGAGACACCUUCAUUGAGAAGGAUGUUUUCAUGAACAUUUUGAUGUGGUGGGAGGAUUUUGAUGGGAAAAUACCCGCACCUGCAAUCUUGAAGCCUAGACCCCUUUGGACAGGGAAGCAAGUUUUUAAUCUCAUCAUUCCCAAGCAGAUAAAUCUCUUGAGGACGUCAGCUUGGCAUGCAGAAACCGAAACUGGACAUAUUACUCCGGGAGACACUCAUGUUCGAAUAGAAAGGGGGGAAGUUCUUUCUGGCACUCUUUGCAAGAAAACCCUUGGCACUUCUACAGGAAGUCUAAUUCAUGUUAUCUGGGAGGAGGUUGGCCCUGACGCUGCUCGCAAGUUCUUGGGACAUACCCAAUGGCUUGUGAACUAUUGGCUUUUGCAGAAUGGUUUUAGUAUCGGUAUUGGAGACACAAUUGCAGAUGCAUCAACUAUGGAAAAAAUUAACGAAACUAUUUCUAAGGCAAAAAACGAGGUGAAAGAACUUAUUAGGGCUGCACAAGAUAAGCAGUUAGAGGCGGAGCCUGGACGAACUAUGAUGGAAUCAUUUGAGAACAGAGUGAAUCAGGUGUUGAACAAAGCUCGUGAUGAUGCUGGAAGUAGUGCCCAGAAAAGCUUAUCGGAGAGUAACAAUCUCAAGGCCAUGGUUACAGCAGGGUCUAAAGGAAGUUUCAUUAAUAUAUCACAGAUGACUGCUUGUGUGGGACAGCAAAAUGUUGAGGGUAAGCGAAUCCCUUAUGGCUUCAUAGAUCGGACUCUUCCCCAUUUCACCAAGGAUGACUAUGGACCUGAGAGUCGUGGUUUUGUGGAGAACUCUUAUCUUCGAGGGUUGACUCCUCAAGAGUUCUUUUUCCAUGCCAUGGGUGGUAGAGAAGGUUUGAUUGAUACUGCAGUCAAAACUUCUGAGACUGGUUAUAUCCAGAGGCGAUUAGUGAAAGCUAUGGAAGAUAUUAUGGUUAAGUAUGAUGGUACAGUCAGGAACUCCCUGGGAGAUGUCAUUCAGUUUCUUUAUGGGGAAGAUGGUAUGGAUGCUGUCUGGAUUGAGUCACAGAGGGUUGAAUCCCUUAAAUUGAAGAAGUCUGAGUUCGACAGGACGUUCAGAUAUGAGAUCGAUGAUGAUGACUGGAACCCUAAUUACAUGUUGCCAGAGCAC